AUAACCCUUUGUAGACGAGUAUAAAUGAGACUCCAGUGACACUGCAAGUGCCGGGGAUGAUGACGAACCCCAUGGGGCAGAUGGGCGGUAUUCCCACUGAGGUCCUGUGCCUGAUGAACAUGGUGGCUCCAGAGGAGCUCCUGGAUGAUGAGGAGUACGAGGAGAUAGUGGAGGACGUCAGGGAGGAAUGCUCCAAAUACGGCCAGGUCAAGAGCAUAGAGAUUCCCCGGCCUGUCGAUGGCCUUGAGGUCCCCGGAACUGGCAAGAUCUUUGUGGAGUUCACAACUGUUUUCGACUCCCAGAAAGCCAUGCAGGCCUUAACGGGAAGAAAGUUCGCCAACAGGGUGGUGGUGACCAAGUACUGCGAUCCAGAUGCUUACCACCGCCGAGACUUCUGGUAGAGGAAGAGAGCAAGAAAAAUAGGAUGGAGUAGCAGCUUUGCGAUAACUCCUAAAAAGAGAGAGAAAUUGAGGCAGAGAUAACGAAAGGGGGAACAUUUUUUUUUGUACUCUUUAAAAAAAGCUAAAAGGCGAAUGGUUUUGUUUUGUUUUGAGAUGAUUUGUGAGCAAUUAUGGGAGGGCUUUCGUUUGUAUUUUAAGAACAUUAGCGGGAGAUAUUCUGUUAUACUGAUUAUACUUAAUCUGUUAAUAAAAUUACUGUUUUUUUAAUUGUAUACUGAAACAAAUGAUGUAAAAUUGUGACCAUCAGAGAAGACGAAAGAGCUAUUGAUACUCAACUAAAUGUGGAGAUGUGUUCAUAUUAGACAGAUAAUUCAAAGAUGUCAUCUUUCGGUCCCUUCCCUUGAUUUUAUCUCUUUUUAUUUCUCAUUUGAAUUGUAUCCCACUGUGACAGAUCUUUUUUUGAAAGUCAUUCGUCUUCUCUGUUGGCCAACUCACCACGUCUCCCUCCCAUUUUGUAGCUUUUUUGCAGUUCAUAUCUCCAGGUAUUAGACUGUCCCAGUUUUGUCUGGUUUUGUUCUUAAACUUGGUCUCUUCCAUACAUAUCUCCAGCCCAUUUGACGGUGAUGACAUUUGUCCAGUGUGGCACCUUUUCUGUAUGUGUGAUGUGUUUUUUUUCCUUCUCAAUAUAAUAGGCAACUUUUGAUAAUAAAACUCUUGGAAGUAUGAUCAGUUGUGAA